AUGACCUCGAAAGAGCGGCAACUUCCGUUCGGGAAGAUCGAGCCCAAUUCAGCGAAAUACUUCCUGAGUUGUACUCUGGGUGGAAUUGUCGCUUGUGGACCUACGCAUACAGCAGUUACACCUCUCGACCUCGUCAAAUGCCGUCGACAGGUAGACCCCAGCAUCUACACGUCCAAUCUCUCCGCAUGGCGCCAGAUCUUCUCCAAGGAAGGCCUGCGCGGGGUCUUCUUCGGCUGGUCGCCUACCUUCAUCGGAUACUCGUUCCAGGGCGCAGGCAAAUACGGUCUCUAUGAGUACUUCAAGUACCUGUACGGGGACCGCUUGUUCCCCAACAUGAACCGCACGGUGGUAUUCCUAGGCGCCAGCGCAUCAGCCGAGUUCUUCGCCGACAUGGCCCUCUGCCCGUUCGAAGCGAUCAAGGUGCGCAUGCAGACGACUUUGCCGCCGUAUGCGCAUAACCUGCGCGAAGGAUGGAGCAAGGUCGUGGCCAAAGAAGGGUUCGGGGGACUGUACAAGGGACUGUAUCCGCUCUGGGCGCGGCAGAUCCCUUACACCAUGACCAAGUUUGCUACCUUUGAGGAGAGCGUGAACAUGAUCUACAGGACGCUGGGGAGGCCCAAGGAGAGCUUCAACACACUGCAGCAGACGGGCGUUAGUUUCCUGGGAGGCUAUAUUGCCGGUAUCUUUUGCGCUAUCGUCAGCCAUCCUGCCGAUGUCAUGGUUAGCAAGUUGAAUGCGGAUCGCAAUGCCGGCGAGUCGGCAAUGGCGGCCGUGUCGCGAAUUUACGGCAAGGUCGGAUUCUCGGGCCUGUGGAACGGACUGCCAGUUCGGAUCGUAAUGCUCGGUACAUUGACCGGCUUCCAAUGGCUAAUUUAUGAUUCUUUCAAGGUGUUCCUGGGACUCCCGACCACUGGUGGUCAUUAA